AUGUCUUUGGUGCCAGCUUCAUUCUAUCAAAAUGUGGAUAUUAUUCGAGAUGUGAAGUUUAAUAUGAAGCCAACGUGUUCGAUUUGUAUGGAAGAAUUCGAUGCAAAUUCUCAUAUUCCGAAGGUUCUCAUUUGUGGCCACUCGUUUUGCAUUAUUUGCAUCGAAAAACAUUUGAGAUCAUCAAAUCUCACAUUCUGGCGAUGGGGAUGUUUUCAGUCAUUAUACAUGCUCUACUUGCCGCACAACGAUGGAAAUUCCUGUCAACGGAGCAGCUGGAUUUUCCACUAACU